AUGUCGGAUAGUGAAUUCGAUUCGGAAGUAGAUGAGGGUGACCUUUUGGCUCUUGAGGGGACGGUGGUGAUGCCGACAUGGAUAAAUGAUCAGGGAAGUCCACCCACCUUACCUUGCUUUCUUUUUUACUUAUGUCACACUGUGGACAGUGUUGAGUUUUCAGUGUGGGGUGGGGACUAUAUCUGUGUAAAUAGUUUUUCCUGGGGUAUGGAUGUUAUUGGACUGAUUGAGCCUGCUGCCUCCAAUGGUCACAGGUUCAUUUUGGUCGCCAUUGAUUACUUCACAAAGUGGGUUGAAGCUGCUUCCUACAAAGCCGUGACGAAGAAAGUUAUGGCCGAUUUUGUUCGAUAUAAUUUGAUUUGUUGUUUUGAAGUUCCUGAGUCUAUCAUCACAGACAACGGAGCAAAUAUGAAUAGUCACUUGAUGAAAGAGAUAUGUUAUCACACCACAAUCCGAACCUCAACUGAAGCAACUCAUUAUAUGUUGGUGUACAGAACAAAAGCAAUGAUACCAACGGAAGUUGAGAUACCAUUUUUGAGGAUUAUUCAGGAAGAUGGAUUGAGCGAUGCCGAAUGGUUGUAUCAACAGAGAAUGACUCGCGCUUUCAACAAGAAAGUAAGAGUUCGAACAUUUGAGGUAGGCCGAUUGGUGUUGAAAUGCAUUUUCCCUCAUCAAGAGGAAUAUAAAGGGAAAUUUGCACCUAACUGGCAAGGACGAUAUGUUGUCCACAAAGUAUUAUCAAGAGGAACUUUGGUUCUAGCAGAAAUGGACGGUAGAGUGUGGCGAAAAACUAUCAAUUCAUAUGCUGUCAAGAUAUACUACAUUUGA